AUGACUUUCUCAUUCUCUUUCACUGGAGACGACAUAGAGGAUGACGGAACCACCCAAAUGCCGGCUGCCCCACCGGCUUCAACGACAAAGAGCACUCUUACCUCGACAGCCGGAGCAUUCCCAGUCCAGGGCAAGCCCCUCCUACCCCCGACUUAUCAUUCUUUGGAUGACAUCUUAUCUUGCCAGCCUUCCAAGAUUGCCUUCAGCUUACUUGAUGUCACACUCCCAGAUGGUCGUACACUGCAGCUCCCACGACGAGAACUCUGGGAUGUUCGUGUGCAGUUGAUGGCUGAAGAAGAUGGCGAUAAUCCCAAUGCUGAAGCAGAGGCUGGCUUGGGGCAACAUGAUGUCAAAACUGGAAUUUAUGAAGGAGGGUUUAAGAGCUGGGAGAGCAGCGUCGAUCUGGUGAAGGUCCUUGCGUCUGGAGGAUUGGAGGAGGGACUCCUUGCCCGUGAGCCCUGCAUCUUGAUUGAGCUUGGAUGCGGGACAGCUCUGCCUUCCCUUGCCCUUUUCCAGUGGGCGCUGGCUGGGAAGGCCAAGUCAGAGCAACAGCAGCCAUUGGUGUUGACGCUCGCAGAUUACAACCCGACUGUGCUCUAUCUGGUCACUUUACCAAAUAUGCUUCUCUCUUGGGCAUUGCAAAGAAAAGAGGACCCUGUGAUAAGAAAGGCUUUCACACCCGAUGGCGAAUUAGAGUUGAUACCGGAAGUUAUUGAGGCCUUUAAACAGACUCUGAUCAACAACCGGAUCACGCUCUCCUUCCUCUCAGGUGGCUGGUCUCCAGAGUUUGUUGACCUGCUGUAUAGUCCAGCAGUGGGAUUCUCGCAGCUUCCGGACUCCACAAAGACGUUGGUGCUUGGAUCGGAGACCAUAUAUUCACCGUUUGCUUUGGAAAACUUCAGCACUACCCUCCUCUCCAUCCUUGAAAACGAACGUCGCGACAGGCCAAAUGGAAAGGCCAAGGCAUUGGUUGCUGCGAAAAGACUUUACUUCGGUGUUGGGGGUUCGCUGGACGAUUUUAUCGAGAAGAUGAGAGGCUUCGGCACUUCAGUUAGCACUGUGUUUGAAGAAACACAGGGAGUCAGUCGAGGGGUAGUCGAAUGCCUUCUUCCCUGA